UUUUUUAAAAAAAAUAAAAUUGCUAGUGGUAAUAGCUAUUUACUUAUUAUAACCACUAAAGGUGUUAGCGGUUUAUACCGUUAGCGGUUCUUUACUAAACUAAUAAUAAAAAAGAAAUUAACGAACCUGGUACCAAUCCUACAUGGAUGGACAGUAAGGGAAAUCCGUUUUUUUUCCCCUGAAAUAUUCAUAUCCAUAUGAUACAAAAAUUAAGGAUAACGUUGAGCGACAUUGGUAACCAACUAACCAUACGAUUUAAAAAAAAACCGCAACAACACUUCCAAAAAAAAAAAAAAAAAAAACCAACAAAAAACCCCAAUUUAGCGCCAAAAUUAAUCAAAAACAAAUCCCUAAUUUUCUAUUCCACACCAUCAAAUGCUCGCCAUUUCACCUUCUUCCUUUUUGAUCAUACCAAAAUCUUCCCAAUGUAGAAUUUCUUCAGCAUUGAACCCUAAAUUCUCGAUAAUUCGAUCAUCUUCCUCCGUAAAUGAUGCAGUUUUGGAAGAGAUAGAACCAGAAUCUUGGUCGGAUUUUCCGGCGAAGAGGGUGGUGUUGGUGAGACAUGGACAGAGUACGUGGAAUGCUGAGGGAAGAAUUCAAGGUAGCUCGAAUUUCUCUGUUCUUACUACUAAGGGUGAAGCUCAAGCUGAAACUUCUCGCCAGAUGCUUCUCGAUGAUUCCUUUGAUGUCUGCUUUACUAGUCCUCUGACUAGAUCAAAGCGAACAGCUGAAAUUAUUUGGGGUAACCGUAAGGAGCCUAUGGUCCCAGAUGUUGACCUGAGGGAAAUAGACCUGUAUUCUUUUCAAGGGCUCUUAAAACAUGAGGGGGAGGAGAAAUUCGGUACUGCAUUUCGUCAAUGGAAGCUAGAUGCUCCAAACUUUGUCAUAGAUGGUCAUUAUCCAGUCAGGGAGUUGUGGACACGUGCCAGAAGCUGUUGGGACAGAAUUUUAGCUCAUGAAAGCAAGUCAGUACUUAUUGUUGCUCACAAUGCAGUGAAUCAAGCUCUUGUUGCAACAGCAAUCGGAUUAGGAACUGAGUAUUUCAGAGUUUUACUUCAGAGCAACUGUGGUGUGAGUGUGUUAGAUUUCAUUCCUCAGGCAGAGGACAAGUCUCCAUAUAUCUGCCUUAAUCGUUUAAAUCAGACUCCUAAUUCACCUAUUGCUGCUGGAAGUUCUGCAGGUCGGAAAGCCAAUAAGCGCAUCAUCCUAGUUUCUCAUGGAUCAUUAGUGAACAAUGAGGAGGCUAAUCUCUCUCUUUUAGGGAAUCAACCUUUGAGUGCGCUUGGCCGUAUUCAGUUACAGAAAACUGCAGAGCUACUUCUUGAUUUGAAAGUGGAUACAGUAGUUAGCAGCCCUGGAAAGGCCUCAAUGGAGGCAGCACAAAUCAUAUCCAAGAUUCAAGAAGCUGCAGAGAGCUUAGGAGUUGAUAGUGUACCCCAACAUGUGGAUGUUAAAGAGAUGAAGGACCUUGCUGUGGAAACCAUUCUUGGCCAGUUAAAACAAGGAGCAGUUGUCGAUUCAAAACUCGUACCAAAUUUUAGUCCUGUAUGGGAUCAGACAAGAAAAGUAUGGCAAACUCUAUUAGAUGAAUUAUCCGGUUCUUCAGAAGUGGUGGUUGUUGUCGGACAUCCGACUCUUCACAUUGCACUGAUGACGCAUUGUCUAAAUUUAUCGAAACAGUGGCUAGGGUCGUUCCAUCUUGAUGAAGGUAGUAUUAGCGUCAUUGACUUCCCGGAUGGACCAAGUGGAAAAGGCAUUAUUCGAUGCAUGAAUUAUACUGCCCAUUUAGGAAGAUGGUCAAUCCCCAUCACGAAGCCAACAUUGGAUGAGGAGGAUAUGAAUUAAUUGUAUCUUUGUAUAAUGUGAUUAUUGAAUAGACGCGAAUACAUAUACAGAUAUAUUGUUAUCAACCAAUGUUAUGUAAAAUUGUGUCAUUGCGUACCAAAAUUAAAUUGUAAUAUAGUUUUCCUUUUCUCACUUUCCAAAUGUAGCUAACAUGUACCACUUUCAUGUAUAAUCGAUUGUUUUGGUUGAGCAGAGAUUAGUGAAUUGUAUAAGGUUCAAGGGGGAGUUAGCAAUUAAGUAACUAUGCUCAGAGUUAAUGUACGUUAUAAAUGGUGGCAUAACCCCUCAACAUGUGAUUUCCCUUCAUUUC